UUAUCCUCACUGACCAGGGCACUGAAUUCAAGAAAGAGAGUUAUGGAGGUUCUUCCAAACAAUAUGGUUAGGCUGGAGACCCUGGAUGGAAAGCACAAGCAUAUGAUGACCCCGUAUGCAUCACUGAAACCUCUGCGCUCGAGGACUCACCCUGGCUGGCCAAAGGAUUCCUCUUCAGCCCCUGUGCUUCCAGGAGAUGCUGAAAUGCUGACUUCAUCAUCGGAGGAGGAAACUGAGUGUCAUUGUUUCACGGACCAUACAUAUGCUGGCCCCACAUCACCCUGGAAAAAGGGGCUGCACCCCGACCAGAAACAACUGCUCGAGUAUGUUUUGGCCUGCGAUCGUCCAGCUAUGGAACUGAUCGUUAAAGAGGGAGGGGUGUGUUUAACCCGAGAAGAGUUUUGGUCUCUCGGGUUGUCCAGAGACAUGGACUCCACGGGCAAAGAUGUCUUCAUUGCCAAAAUGUAUAUUGUACCAACGUGGAAGCACAAAGACGUCGAUCCAAUGUCAAGCCUUCCAAGGGAUGCACAUCUAAAGGAUGCACUCCUCUUCCCAGCGUGGAGCAAGCACAACGGGCCAGAGCAUUACCUUCUCUGUGUGUUGAGGCCGGCAAAGAGAGAAAUUCUCUUGCUGGACUCUCAGUUUGCCCUUUGGCCAUCUGGUUUUGGUGAUGAGGUGUACAGAGCCAUCUUUAGGUCCCUUUAUAAUAAUCCUGGCCACAGUUCCAUUUUGGCCACUUUUUGUUCCAGCCAUGUUCUGGUUUUGGCUAUGGUUCUGUUCUAGUCAUCUUUCCCUUCCCCGCUAUGCUCAUGUUUUAGAUAUGUUCUUCUUUCGGCUAUGUUCCCAUUCUAGCCAUGUUCCGGUGGUGUGCU